AUGGAACAACCACCUAUCCGGACCGGCGGCAGAUCUGCAAGCACAAAGAAUACUAACAACGCCCAGGUUUUAGUUCAAGACUUGUUGCACCCAAACCCAGCCUCUGAGGCCCAAAAGCACAAAUUGAAGACCUUGGUCCAAUCGCCAAGAUCGUACUUCAUGGACGUCAAGUGUCAAGGCUGCUUGAACAUCACCACCGUCUUCUCCCACGCACAAACCGCCGUCACCUGUGACAACUGCGCCACUGUGUUGUGUACCCCUACCGGUGGUAAGGCCAAGUUGACCGAGGGCUGCUCUUUCAGAAAAAAGUAA